UGCCAAGAACCGAGCAUGCCCAUUACAUUCUUAAACGAAAAAAUUGAGAAAAUGGCUUCAGCUAAUCCAGAUAUUUUAUAUAAAUUUGAGUCUAUGAGAACGAAAUGGAGACGCUGUUUUGACGAGGAUAAGCCUGAUAUAGCAAAGACUGUUAGACACUUCUUUGGCCGACAGUUUUACAGAAAGCACAAGCAUUCUACGUAUGUGAUCGGCGAACUGCCCGAUGGAAUAUUCUUGUUCGUAAAACCUACCAUGUACCAAAACCUUAAGAAGAAAAUUGAAGAGCAAAUUGAAGAGACGUUGCCUGACGUUCGACCGACAACUGGUGCCACUAUUAUAGAGGAAGAAAAAUGGUUUCCAGAUGAGCAGUCUUUUACUGAGUUUCUCGAUGCUAAAAGAGAAGAACAUUAUAAAAGUGUUGAAAGGUAAAGUAAUAUUUACAGCUAUUGAAGACUUAUAGCUGGCCAUAUGACGUCGGCGGCGAUCACACAAACAUAAACAAAACCAUAUAACUGGAUUUAAAGACAAAGCCAUGCCACGUUCGUUAUUGACCGCAAGUUUUCAGUUUUCAAAACGGUUUGUUGAUCAUAGAGAUGACGUCAAAAAUCAGGUUGUGAAAACCCACGGCAAAGUUAUUAGCAUUUGUUAUGUUGUGUAAUUUCUAUUAUCGUUAAAAGAGUAGACAAAGAAAAAUGUAGUCGAUUCGUCUGGUACUUUUUUCCUAUAACAAUACUGGAGUUUCUCGGAAACAGGGUCUCGGAAGCUGCUCCCCGUCGAGUUUCUCGGAAAACUGAUUUUCUUCCCGUGUGACAUUAAAAAAUGGCGCCUUCAUUGAACUAUUUUUGAACAGAUUGUCGUGAUACUCAGUUCAGAGUUUUUUUUACCCAUUGUAUUUGUUACAGCCAGCCAAUACUGGCGCGUCCGCUUAUAGUGCAGAAAUUAUGGCUUUUUUAAUCAUGAAAUUUAUACAUGGCUGGGAAGCUGUGGGGAAUAAAUUAAACGAGAGAAAUGAAUUUUUGAUAACUGAAUCUCAAUGUGAUUUCUUUUGUUUUAUUCCUUCAGCCUGGGUCAAAAAUUCGAAACUGGCCAAUACAAAAGUGACCUCUUCAGCUUAUCUGCUUUCACCCUGCUAGUAGAGUCGCUUCGAUCUUUCCUAGAUAAGUCGGGAAAGAGAGGUUCGUUCCUCUUCCCGACUUAUCUAGGAAGAUCGAAGGAGUACUCUGUUCGCAGGGUAAUCUGCUUUGUUUUGCCAAUGCAGGUCUCAGAAGAAUGCGUUUGUUUGUUUCAAGAGCCAAACACGAGCCUCAUCCAUUUUUGACUAGCCUGAAUUUCAGACAUUCCUUCGAGUCAUAUACUCCUCUCAGCAACGUAAACCGAAAACCGGGUAGUGAGUUUGAUUGGUUGAUUGCUGAAUGGAGUAUUCGACUUGAGGGAAUGUGUGAAAUUUUGGAUACAUUUUUGAGCUUCAUGGCCACAGAAAAGCAAUGAACAGUUUGAAGAAAUAAUUUGUUAAGCGCUCAGGCGUGACUGCGUGACGAAGGAAAACAAAGUUGUCUUUUUCACAGCCAUAAACUGGGCCUGUUUGGCCUUUUAGGUCCUUUCAGAGACCGCAAUGACAAAUUUCCCUACCCUUUCAAAUUUUUCAACUAAUGAAAUCCGUACCCUCUGAUACUGACCCGAAUCCUGAAAAAGAUACCCCUUUCGGGCGGAGCCUCCCAGUUUAGGCCAUUAUAGGGAGUACCCCAUUCCAUGGGCGUCGAACCCAAUAAUGUGCGGAAUACAUCGAGUAUUUUGACUGAUAUAUUUUGCCUUUAGGGCUUUAAUUUACAGUACCAAGUAAAUUAAAAUCGAUUUAACAUUUUAUUAUUCUUCUCAGGAGACAGCAGGAAGCAAAUGCAAGCUUAAGACGACUACGCAAGACCUUGAAAGCCAGUCCAGGAGCGAAGAUUCUGGCAUUUAACCUGGUGGUUUUAGAAGGUGACCACAAUGUCGUCCUUGAGAUUGGCUACACUAGGACAACUUUACGAGACAAGCCACAUCAAAAGCGAGCGUUUCACUACAUUAUCAAAGAAAACCUCAGGUAUAUGUGCGAGUUUGAAACCGAAAAAUGCAUUUAAUUAUUUAUAUCACAAACGGCGACACUUCAGCCUUUAAAUUAAAUGUUAUUUAUCACAACUUCCCUCUUGACUGGUUGUAGAAACUAAUUUGCGCUUCCGGUUAUUUGAAUCCUAGCUGGAAGGCCUCAACAAGCAGCUUGAGCAAGAUUAAACGUUCAACGUAGUAUCCGACGAAAUCAUCGUCAUCAUCAUCAUCAUCAUCAUCAUUAUCAUCAUUAUAUUUUGUAGGCAAAAGAGUUGAGACCCUUACUGUUAAUUACCACUAAUUUUUUUACGGUAAAUAUUUCCGUGAAAAUAUAGUGAUCAGUGUGGAGCUGAAGAACUCUGCAGUACUCCUAUAAAUACCACCGCCUAUUUUUAAAUAGGGGGUGGAAUUCAUUAACUUGAAUGUCUUUUUCUCUGACAGGUACGAAAACAAGGAUAGGAAUCGCUUCGAGUUUGGCACCUCUGAGCGCAUGUCUCUCGAGGAAGCCGCUGCAAAAGUCCAGGAACAGAUCGCGGCUGUUAAUAUCUUAGUCACACAUGGCGGAGCACAGUAUGCAAAGUUACUUAACAGCUGUGGGAUUUCUGUGACAGAGAAGAUUAUGUUUGACACACAACUUCUAGCCAUGGUUUUAUUACAAGAUCGACGACUGGACCUCAAUAAUCUAAAGAAACUGCUAGUCGAGUUGGAAAUCCCAUUUAAUGAAAAUGUUCGCCUUUACAACAGCGGAAAUUAUGCCUUCUUAAACACGGCUGUAUUUCUGAAACUGAAAAACAUCGCAAUCUCGCGAAAGUAGCUCACUCAAUUGUAUCUUCAAAUCGAUUCUGAAUAAUUCUAUGAGUAAAGGAAACCUUCUGUUUUCGUAUUUUAGGUGGAUUUGAAUCCCUUCUAUAUUCUUUAAACUUUUUAUGGGUCUUUCAGAGAGUUGAAUUACUAUUAUACUGAGAUUGUAUUGCAGAUGAAGGAUUCUCUCUUUUUGAGUCAAAAUAAGUUUUCCUGCGUUAUUGUUGCUAUGGUAACCUGCUACGCUAAGAAAAGUACAGAAUUUUUCCACCAAUGAUUGGAAUUUAGUUUACGGCAUCCCAGAAACAGAACAAAAUACGUCAACGUUCUAGUAUUACCUGUCACCCAAAAACUGGGUAAAAAUACUAUUGACAGCCGUUAAGGAUCACGUUCACCCAAUCAACUUUGAGCGCCUCGUUAGCCUUCUAAU